AUGGAGUGUAAUAAGGAAGAAGCUCGAAGGGCAAUGGAUACUGCAGUGAGCAAACUCUCGGGCAAGGACUACAAUGGGGCCAAAAAAUUCAUCGACAAGGCUCACAAGUUGUAUCCGAAGCUCGACGGUUUGAAACAAGUUUCCACCAUGAUACAUGUUCAUCAUAUCUCUGCAUCAAACCAGAGCAAAGGAGAAGAAGAAUCUGACUGCGAUUGGUAUGGAAUCCUCGGUGUAGAUCCUUUAGCUGGUGUUGAAGCAGUGAAGAAACAGUACAAGACUUUGGCUCUCUUGCUUCAUCCGGACAAGAACAAGUUUAAUGGCGCGGAUGGCGCGUUUAAGCUGGUUUUAGAUGCCUGGUGUGUAUUGUCUGAUCCUUCUAAGAGAAGCGCGUAUGAUCGAAAGAGGAAACCGAAAGAGGAUGAAGAGAAAAAGAGAUAUGCUUCUGAUUCAACAGCUGAUAGCGCAACGGAUGCUAAUCAAGCAAAAGAAAGAAGGAAACACAGUUUUGACGACCACUCACGAGAAAGUUACUUUGCCGCUAUACUUAAGGCAGAGAGAAGAGCAAAUGCAAACUCUACUGAGGAAGCUCAGAGGCUUUUCAAGAAUCCGAUGAAAAGAGCAAAUUUAAACUCUACUGAGGAAGCUCAGAGGCUUUUCAAGAAACCGGUGACGGCGUCAACCACCUUCAACGCAAACUCUACUGAGGAAGCUGCGAGGCUUUUCAAGAAUCCGGUGAACACAGCAUAUGCCAACUGUACCUCCGAAGCUGCGAGGCUCUUCAAGAAUCCGAUGAGAUGUGUUAUAUAA